CUUGCUGGACUUCGCGACAAUUUUCCGAUCAUCGUCUGAAAGUGCUCUUGGAAGGCAUGCAAAGAUGAGUGUCCCACGCGCGAGGUUACUGGACCUCAUGAAGGCUCAAUGUGAAGUCUUUGCGGCAACUUUCAACCCUGAGGGAGUGCGGACGGGAAACAAGAUCCUGCGCCAACGUCUGAAGGGACCUUCCCUCGCAUCCUACUACCCUCGCAAGGUCCUUACCGUCCAGGACGUCCAGAGAGAGUUCGGUCCUGAGCUCACAACGCUCGACUUGGAGGAGCUGGACCGUACGGAGCACAUUGCUGGUCUGAAGGCUAGAGGAAAGGGUGCACCCAAGAAGAAGAAGGCGAAGACUGAGGGGAAGAAGAAGAGAUAAGCGCGUUUUCGCUAGACUGUUUGUACGAUACGAUGUGCAACUACCGAACGAACCACCCGACCCAUGCCCGCCGAAUUACCCUUUAGACCGAGCCGCACGGGUAGAUGCUGUUCUGCCCCCCGAAUCAAUGCGAUGAUACGAUGCGACAAUCUUCGUAUGGCAAUUUGGCAUCUGAGGAACCACGAAGUUCGUCGGAAGAGAGUGCCGUGGUUGGCGACAAUGAUGGGGCUGAGAAGGAUGUCUGUAGAUAUCCAGUGUAAAAACAACAAGGACUAUAUCAUGCCACAAGUUAAAAACCUGGUAUGGGAC